UCCUGCGUGUGACGUAAGCUCCGCUCUCUCGAUUUCCUGAGCCCUUGCAGCAAGGAAAGGCAGUCUGCAGACACCCCACGAGCACAAAGAGAAGGAGAACUAGAGAGUAUCUGGCCUGCUGCAUUGUCUCUAUGUCCACCCCGCGGAAUCCCAUCCCUCCCAAGCACUUUGCGCCGCUACAGUCGACUGACGUAAAGAGCUGUCCAAGAAUGUCCAAGCCAACGGCCGACAUUGCUCUAAUCGGUCUGGCCGUCAUGGGCCAGAACAUAAUUCUCAACAUGAACGACCACGGAUUCGUGGUUUGUGCCUACAACAGGACCGUUGCUAAGGUGGACCAGUUCCUGGCCAACGAGGCAAAGGGCACCAACAUAAUAGGAGGCAAGUCCCUCGAAGACAUGGUGUCAAAACUGAAGAAGCCACGUCGUGUCAUGAUGCUGGUGAAGGCCGGCUCGGCAGUCGACGACUUCAUCGACAAGAUCGCCCCACUCCUCGACCAGGGUGACAUCAUCAUCGACGGAGGAAACUCAGACGUCGCUGCAAGGCGCUGGCAGCCAAGGGUCUCCAUUUCGUCGGGAGUGGGGUCAGCGGAGGAGAGAGACGGAGCUCGCUACGGCCCCUCCCUCAUGCCGGGCGGCGCCCCCGAGGCGUGGCCACACAUCAAGCCCAUCUUCCAGGGCAUUGCUGCUAAGGCCAACGGAGAGCCAUUGCUGUGA